GGCGACACUCUCACACCUGCUGAAUCACCGACAUCUUCUUGCUGUGAGACUAUGUUGUUGCUUCAUGGCAACUAAACAUUGUACAUAACUCUUGCCCACUUUACAGAGGUUGAUGGGUUUUGUUUAUUUUGUUUUGUACUUGCAAAAAUAGACGUAAAUAAACAUGACGGGAAAAAAAAUAGGUCACUGCUUCUUGUGUAGUGUGGAGAUUAGUAGGAACCUUCUGUACAUAGAAUAAACUGGUAUGAAGGGAAUGUUCUAUCUUUUGACUGAAAAUUCUUCUCUUCAGUAAUGCCAAUUCAUUUUGUAUGGACAACCAUCCAUUUCUAUACCUGUUCCUACUUACUGAAUUUGAGUGUUGAGUGGCAGAAAAAGAAGGACCGGUGUCUGACCAUCCAUGCUGGCAGACUAGCAGGUCCUCUGGUAAACGUGUGGGAGGAUCAGGGCUGUAAGCUCAGAGUCGUGGUCAGUCACAAUAGCUACAAUGUUGGUCAACAUUGUAGCUAUUGCCUGGCAGUGAUGCACUGUCCUUUUUCUGUGACGAUGCCACAGCCUUUGUGAUACAUAACAGUCUCCUCUCUCUAAGUGGAUUCUUCAAGUUGCCUCAGACAAGGAAGUAUUAAUAGAAAAGAAAAAAAAUGUAAGACUUUCUUGUACUUUUAUACCAGAGGAGGGGAAUGAGCAAGUGCCGGAGGAGAGAGAGAGAGGCUGACAGAGCAUAUGUGCAGGAGGGUGGGAGGGUUAGAGAGAGACAGGGAGAGAGGGAGGACAGGCGGGUGGGCUGUGUGAAAUCUGUUAACAGGGAAGCACUGUGCGUUCGCUGGAUAUGUUGGCUUUUUGCCCAACUUGGCUCAUUGUGAUCGAGGCAUGAUCGUGGACUCCAGGCAGCAGCCCUGCCCGCUGCUCCGGCCGCCUCGCUCCUGGCCCCUGCCUCGCCUCCACCGCUGACAUGGACAGACCCAUCUCCACUGACACGGCGCCCAAACGAGACCAUGAGCGGGACCUGGAGCUGGACAAGAAGAUCCAGGCUCUCCGCAGGAAGAAUGAAGCACUCAUGAGACGGUACAAGGAAGUAGAAGAAGACAAGAAAAAGGCCGAGGAAGAAGGAAUGGCGCUGCACAAUCGAAAGGGCAAAGCCGAUGACCUCACCAUCACCAUCAGCAAAUCCAUCAGUGACAGUCGCGUGGUGGUGACGAAGCCAGUCAGCAGUGGGUCACCGGUGGGGAAAGGGCAACAGAAGUUCGGGUCUGAAGGCAGUGAUGGAGUUCCACCUAGUGUCGGCAGGGGCCAGAAGAAGCAGCUGGUGGUCACCAUGACUGGUAAAAAGGGUAAGAGAGUGGUGAGUGAAGUGCCGGAACUGAGGCCCGACUCCACAGAUGUCAAGAGCUGUGCUAAUGAGGGACAGACGAGGCGCGGCGAGUCACACGGCCGAGGGAAGCAGCCGCAUCACAUGUCAAAGAAAGACACGGCAGCGCAGGGGGACUCCAAGCACAAAGAGGAGCUUCACAGAAGUCCCGAGCUCUUCCAGGAGCCGGAGAGCCCUGCGGCCUGCACAGACUUGAACGUCCCCACGUCGAAAGAGGAGCAGGAGGAGUACCUGAGGUGGAAGAGGGAGCGGGAGCAGAUCGACAGAGAGAGAGUAGCACGUCACAAGAACUCCAAGGGUCAGUGGAGGCGAGCGUGGGACAUGGACAAAACAGACAACAUGUUUUCUGAGAAGAACAGAGACUGGGGGGCAGCGGGAAGAGGAGGUAGGAACUCCAGAAAAGGACAAAACAAGUCAAACACUGAAGCAAGAGGUCAUGAGAAGCAAGGCAAGGAUCGAGGCGCUAAAAACGUUCAGGCGACGAGCAGCAAAGCCAAAGGCAAAGAUCGGCUGACCGGGCGUGCGAGGAGAUGGCAGGAGGAUGAUGAAGGUCAGCAGCAGGUCUCUGAAUCGACACUUGAAGAGUUCCUGGAGGAGCUGGACGCCCUGACUGAGGCUGAUGGUGAAGACCAGAAAGAUCAAGUGUCUUGUUUGGAUGGAACAUCUGUGAGUGAACCUCCAGGUGAAGCCUCCGAUCUGACAGAGGAAGCUUCCACUCAGGGUAAGUCAGGAGGUUCGUCCCCUCGCCCUUCAGAGAAGAAGGUCCGCUUCGCCGAACAGCCCACCCAAAUCACAGACGGCCAAAACUCUGCCGGUUCUGAGUCAAGUCAGAAAGUCAAUAAUGACCGAGUCGUGGAGGAGGGAAGCCCGUCUUCUCCCGCUUCCAAAAGCACUGAAACGCCUCCAGCCUCCAUCUCCAAUGGCUCGCUGGAUGACAUGUCUGUGGAGAUCCCCAAGUGCAACACCACAAACACAGAAGAACUGAUCGACUCGGGUCUGUCCGUGCUGAGCCUGGAGUCAGGAGAGCCACACCCGACUCACUCCACCAGCAGUGACAAGGCGAGGGAACACGGGAAGGUUGUUUGAAGUGCUCCGCUGAUCGAUACUGAAGCCAAAACACAGUCCCGCAGUCGCCUCUUCAGGAUGAAUCACUGUGCAGGACGCUGGUUUGAAAACUGAAGAUUCUGAGUGUGAUGAUGCACUUUACUUGUCACAUGAUCCGCCGUGGAGUCUGCUGCUUGAGUGCAAUAUACCUGAAUGUUUACAUUGAUGUGAAACUGCAAAGUGACAUGUCACUUCCUGCUACGUUUAAUGUCGUCAGACCUUUAAUUGAAGUAUUUUGUGCCUGAUUCUGCCUUAGAGGUCGUCGCGUGUGUCGACAGAGAAAUGUGAACUGAUCCAUGAUGGUGAUACCUGAUGCACAGUUUUUGCUCUAAAUACAAAAAUUGAGAAUUAUUUAAACAAUUUGGGUCAUAUUACAAUCCAGUAUUGCAAAAUUUCACUCUGGCUUUUUAUCAACUGUCAUAUUUGAAUACUGUAUCCCAGAGGUGUUGACUUGCACAGAUUGAACCACAAUUUUUUUUUUUAAAUGGCAAAAACAUUUUUUGCUUAUUAAAAACUAUCAUAGCAAAGUAUGAUAAACAAAAUUAUUUAACCUUUAGCUUUUAUUUCAAAGUCACAUAGCUAGAUUGAUUUGGCUGGAGAUAUUUGUAACAAAAAAAAAUCCUAUAAAGUAGUAAAUUUGUGUGUUUUACUCCUUUUAAAUGGUUCAGUUUGUGGUCACAAUCUUUGGGAUCCAUGUGUUUUGUUUUGUUUUUGUCUUUAUUUUUGACCAUAUAAGACGCUCCAUCUGAUGAGCUGUGCCUUCUGUGUGGGCUGCUGUUGAUAUAUUUAGUGGCUUUGUGUCAAGUUAAUUUAUUUCUAAGCGGUCAUGAUGUGACACGUCUUAUGCAAUAACAUGCAGGGGUUGCAUAUCUUGAGCUAAAAGUAAGGACUCUGGUUUCCUCCCGCACUGGUAAACGGUGAGUCUAAGUUGUCAGUAGAGUUUGAGGUUGUCUAUAUGUGCUCUGUCAGCAAUAAUAAGUUAUUAAUAGACAGAUAGUUGAGGUAUAGUAAAGUCAAUGAGUCUGUGAGCGACAGCCUGGGCAGGUCACAUGUAGACAACCAAGGGCACAUUUUCAAAUUUGGUAAAAGAAAAGGUAAAAGAAGAACUGCUGUGAUAAAGUUGUGAAAGCCAAUACGUUUAUGAUAUGUCAUUUUCAAAGCACUUAUUCCAUGAAAAUGUGCUACAUGUUGACCUUUUAUCAUGCGUUGAGAUGUUUACUAAUGGUUGCUGUUCCUCCUCAACAGAAGUGUUAGAUGACUUCAGCUUUACACGAGUGGCCACUUAGUAAAUCCACUAGAAGAGACGACGUAGCGCUGUUUUGAAGUACUUGAUGUAUCCUCCAUGACUUGCGUACGAAUUUAGCUUUAGAGUUCACGAUACCUAGCGACGUCAUUUUUUAAAUUCUCAUCGUGAAGGACUGGACGUAGCUGGCGGGGAUUCGUUUGCUUGUUUGAUUCUGUGUGCAACAUAUUUGUAAGAAAGCAUACAGCGAUGAAUAAAACUGUUUUUUUUUUCCAGG